GUUACGGUGGGUGGCUGGGAAAAGGGAAGAGCUUUCGCGCAUUAUCUUCAUCGUCAAAUCAUCAAUUAUUAUUAUUAUUACUACUACUUAUCACCCCAACAUUAAUUAAUCACUCAAUCAAAAUAAAAUACAACAAAAUAUUUUCUUUCCCAAAAAAAGAAAAAAAAAAUCUUUUUUCAUCCGAACCAAAAAUUAAAAAUUUAAAUCAUCAGAAAGAAAAAGAAAGCACCCCACUAUCUUCCCGGAGAUUAUUAUUCCCAAUUCCAUUCGAUUCCGUUGCCUUCCGUUCAUUGAACUUUACCUCUAAGCCUUUCUGUUCAUGGGUUUGAGGACGGGCGAGGCGAGGUAUCAGCUCCGAGGGAAAAAUCCGAUUCUUUUUGGGUGUCGAAUUAAGCAUCAUAGAGAAGUGAAGCAAAAUAAUGGGAAACUCGGGUAGCAAUGGGGUGGGGCGUCGAAGGCGGCGGAGCCACCCUGCUCUGCCGCCUCCCCAAUCGCCGCCCCCUCCCCCACCGCCACCGCCACAGCCCGAGAUGACUGGGAAUCGCUACGUCUUCGCAGCGGCAACUCCAUACCCAUCCCAAUACCCUAAUCCGAACCCACCACCUCCUUAUUACCAACAAUACCCGGGCUAUUAUUCGCCACGACCACCGCCUCCUGUGCCAGGCCCUUACGGGCAGCCGUAUGGAAACUGGGUCAGCGGGCAGUACCCAUAUAUGCCUGCCCCAGCCGCAGUCACACCAUAUGUUGAGCAUCAGAAGGCAGUUACUAUUAGGAAUGAUGUAAACAUCAAGAAGGAGAGCCUGAGGAUUGAGCCUGAUGAAGAUGGACCCGGGAAGUUCCUCGUGGCCUUCACUUUUGAUGCCACAGCGCCUGGCAGCAUCACGGUCAUCUUCUUUGCCAAAGAGACAGAAGACUGCAACUUGAUAGCAACAAGAGAGGACCUUCUCAAAACUGUAACAAUUUCCUUUGAGCAAGGCCUUGGCCAGAAGUUCAGGCAACCCUCUGGGACAGGUAUUGACGCCUCAACAUUGGAUGAGAUGGGAUCGGUGAAAGGCGAUGGGGAGACUGAAAUCUACCCUCUUGUGGUGAAGGCGGAGGCUUGCCCAUCGGCUAGUAAUAGCAAUGAAGAGGAGUCUGAUAGAAACCCAGGUAGGAAUUCCCAGAUAACCCAGGUGGUGAUUGAGAAGGUGAAGGGUGAAUACAAGGCGAGGGUGGUGAAGCAGAUCCUGUGGGUGAAUGGGAUGAGGUACGAGCUUCAGGAGAUUUAUGGGAUUGGCAACACGGUUGAUGGGGAUUAUGAUGAGAACGAUUCAGGGAAGGAAUGCGUCAUCUGCCUGUCGGAGCCUCGAGAUACGACGGUCCUCCCUUGCAGACACAUGUGCAUGUGCAGUGGGUGUGCUAAGGUCCUGAGGUUUCAGACAAACAGAUGCCCUAUUUGCAGACAACCAGUGGAACGGCUCCUCGAGAUUAAAGUGAAUGACGGGAGCGAAGGCUCCGAACAAUCAGCAUCAGUUCCCAUUGAAACCUCAUAAUCCUUCUCCAUAUCAUAUUUACAGUCCUUUUCUUUUCUUUUUUCCUCUUUUUCCUUCUUUUUUUGGCUUUGUUUUCGAUGUUUUCCCGAAUAACCAUUCAUUGAGAUUUUUAGCAAAUUUUUGGCAACCUUGCUAUGGUUGCUGUGACAAGAAAAGCUCAAUCUCGAUGUAGUGAGAAUAAUUCCACCUGUAAUGUACUGCUUGAGGUGAUUCACUCAUGGAAGUUCUAUUCUCAGCUUAUUUUUAUCAGAAGACUGCUGAUAUGGUGGGGAAACAGAAUACCAUGUUGCGUGAUAUAAAAUCAUGUGCAUGCACCUUAUGGGA